UUAUAAAUCUAAUUGCGAAAAAAAAUCUUUAGACUCUUUCUCCAGAUAAACUUUUUCCUUAAUUAAAAUGCGAAUACAAAUAUGAUAUAAUCAUUAAAAAAUUGAAUCUCGAGAUCUAUUUAUUAGACCGUAUUAUGUCUCAAAACUGAUUUCAGCCCAGCUCUUAAACAGAAACGCGACUAUAAAUACGAGCCUUAAACGUUCUCACGCGGUGGAUAAAUUUGGUACAGUGAACUUGGUCGUAGCUUCUUCGUGAGCACAGAAAAAGUGCUUCGUCCCUCGUUUAGCUAAGGGGAAAGAUAUACGUUUUCUCGAUGGGACGUGGAAAAUGGCGGGUCGAGCUUGUCGACAGUCACCAUUUUAAACCGUCUCGUAUAAAAGGACGCGCCCGCGCAUUUACGCGGUCGGACAGCCACCCCUACCGGGGUGGUGCGACUAAUCGAUCGGUAGUAAGGAACUUCCCGGUAAGAAAUAUCGACCCGCCCCCUCGAAAAGGAUCUCCAUUGGGUUGGCGUGCAUUUCUCGAAGGAUAAUUAGAUGAUGUUGGAAAACUUGGAUAACAAUGGAAUAAGCAGUCAGGAUUAUCGAAUGACGGGCCAUCGCGGUACAGCUCCUGCAGAUUUGUUGUUCCUCUAGAAAUUGGGAUGGAUAAAUAUUUAUAAAAUUGCUGCAUCUUUUUUUUACGGAACGUUCGCUCGUACGUUUCGCUUAUACGUUUAAAAUUAAAGAGGAAUGCAAUUGCUGCUUUUGCGUUCUCUUCAUGGCGUUCAUGAUACGAUAACAUGACGGGGCGAACGAACGAAAGAAGAGAAAAAGAGAAAGAGACUAGAGGAGAAGGGGGAGGAGGGGAGAGAGCGGCGAGAAUAUUCUUCGUAAUUAAGUCCCGCCGCUCUUUCUCAACUGGAUACGGCGCGGCGCCGUGGCGAGAUGAGGACGCGAAUCUACGGUGGCAGGAGAGCGAAAGAGAAAGAACUAUAAGACAGCCCCCGCGAAGAACGUGGUAGGCGAAGAAACGCGAAGGAAGAAGCGACGGAGCGAGCGAGCGAGAGGAGAAGGAGGAGGCGAAAAAAGGAGGCACGACGAUCGGGCAAUAAAUAAUACAGGGAGGAAAAAGGCGAUCGCCUGCAACAUUCUGCUCAAAUGUUAAAUAGGUAUCAAUUUAACAGCGACCAAUGCGCGCGCCCGUGGGCGUACAACGCCGCCGCGGGAUUGGCCGGUCGACCGACGGUGGGCAGGCUCGGGCGAUACGUACGUCGCGAGUAGGCAACGCGUCUCACCGCUCUCUGGUAGGGAUAAACCACCUGGUUUCGCCGGUACCCUCACAAACGUCCCGUCUCUCUCGACGCGACCGAUCCGGAUUCCACGCACUCGCCGACACUCUCCGGUCAAGCCGAGGGGACCGGAGUUUCAACGAGAACGGAGAACGGACACCGGGGAUGAUCCCCCUUCCGCUUCGGGUAUAACCGCGCGAGGUACCUGUUUAUGUUUUCGAAUAAAGUGUGAAAUUCUUUUGGCGCCGCGCGUGGUUUCCAUCCGUGAAGUGUUGUCCCGAGUAGCCGCUCCCUACUGCUGCCGCCGCAAUCGGAAGGAUCUCUGUCAAGAAUCCGGUUUAGUGUGAACAGAAUUUUUCCGGGAGGCUCGAGGAACAUUUUUCCAGUACGGCAGAACGUCUCUAAUCGACGUCAAGUGAUUAGCUCACGAAAACUGUAGAGAUAUCCUCGUUUUUUUUUUUUUUUUUUUUUCCCAUACAAAAUGACGGAAAGACCAGCCUCGAAAGAGGCUCGAUGGCCUGCGGUCUAUCUUAUCAAGCAGAGACAUCACUCACGGAUAGAUUUUAGUUUUUAAAUACGGAAAUUGGUGUAUUGGCAACCACAAGAUUGUUGUUUGAUUAUCAAGAAGGACCAAUGGCUAAUCGCGUCAAUGAACGAAAACAGUGGAACCCGUGUUGGACUGUUAUAAUAAACGAGCUACCUAACUGAGCUGAGAAGGAGCAACGCGACGGAGACGGUGAAUUCGCGAGAGAAGGUUCGCGGAGAAAUAAAUGUCCGAUAAAAUCUCCGUCCGGUGAACAAAAAGUAUUAGCAUCAGGUAUAAAUGCGAGGUAGAAACAAAAUGGCCGCUCGGCAGAAGCUUCACGAGGUGGCCCGAGCCAAAUCACUCGUGCAAUAAAUGUGAACGUUUUCGUCUCGUCGAGCUCGAUACUGUAAUAAUCUAGUCCGUGGCAAGUUCUCUACGUGUGUCAACCACCUCCGUCAACAUUCCACUCCUACUCGCUCAAUCGUCCUAUGCAGUCGCGAUCGAUGUCACUUCUCGAAUCUCUGUAGACGCAUGACGACUCGAUGAAGACGUCCGUCGCUUGAGUGUCGUCGUUGUCUUCGACAACUAGCUCCGAGUUCUCACAAGGAGCAGGGGGAGAAGAGGGGAGAGGGAGGAGGAAGAGAGAUCAUGUCGGAGCACGGCGACAGCGACGUGGACGCGACGGAGGAGAUCAACGUGGACGAUUCAGAUUCCCGAAGCUGCAGUCCGCGAAAUUACGCGAGCCACGAUGGCCGCCACGUGUCCCAGGAGACCUCCGAGUGCUCCACUUCACCGCCUCCCAGUCAGACCGGUGCGAGGACCCUGGCGAACGAUCCUCCCCGUAGCCAUCCGUUCAGCAUAAGCCGCCUGCUGGGCGAGAGCGGCGUCCAGAAUCCCAAGAGCCCGUCCUCGGAGGAGCCGGACAGCGACAAGGAGAGGAAGUGGUCGUGGGAGGAGGGCAACAACAAUAAUAACAACAAUAACAAUAACAACAACCAUCAUCAGGCGCCCAACUCGGGUGGCAUUCUCGACGACGGCAGGCAGUCCUGGGGCCACGACGCCGAGGAGAAACUGUCGGAGAAGGACGACGACGACAGUACGCCCGACACUCGCGCCAACUCCUCCUCGUCCGUUCAUUGCACGUCGGCGGCGGAUCUCCUCGCCCCUUUCCGAGUCUUCCCCGCCGGUUUCAUCUACACCGGCGGCGGUGUCAUAAGGGUACCAGCGCACCGGCCACCGGGCGCGAACGGCGCGCCGGCCAGCGCUCUGCCCGCACAGGCGCUGAUACCGCCCUGGAGCUUGCAGGCCCUCCAGCACAGCCAGCAACAAGCCGCGGCGGCCGGUCUCCACAGAGCGAGCCUCCUGGCGAACCUCGCCGCGCACCCUCUGCAGGCGCAUCCGCAUCUCAAGGACAGAUUGGCAGUGGCCGGACCGUUUCCGAGGCGGAUCGGUCAUCCCUAUCAGAACCGGACGCCGCCGAAGAGGAAGAAGCCGAGAACGAGCUUCACCAGGAUGCAAAUCGCGGAGCUGGAAAAGCGCUUUCACAAACAAAAAUACCUGGCCUCCGCCGAGCGGGCGGCGCUGGCGAAGUCGCUGAAGAUGACGGACGCGCAGGUGAAGACCUGGUUCCAAAACAGGCGGACGAAAUGGAGGAGGCAAACGGCGGAGGAGAGAGAGGCCGAGAGGCAGGCCGCGAAUCGACUGAUGCUGUCCCUGCAGGCCGAGGCCCUCGGCAAGGUGGCGUACCCGACGUCGGUGUCCGGGCACCCGGGUAGCGCUCCCAGUUUGGACAGGCAGCAGACGUCGACCACGGGGCUGACACAUCCCGGGGUAGGCGCCUCGUGGGCCUCGCCCUACGGACCUCCGCAGCCCCUGGCCGAGCCGAUUUGCUGAAGGACGAUCCGAGGGAUGACUCUCGUCAAGUGAACCGUCGUCUCAUUCCACCUCGUCUCCUUCCCCACGUCUAGAAUUAGCAGUCGCAGUCAAACCUGCGUCUCCUUGUCCGUUUAUUUCUCUUUAAAUUCUUUCUUUAAAUCGUUUAGAUUUAGCGAACGCGAGGGAAGGCGCGUUCAUCCACCGAUCGUGAGAUGAUAAGCGAAGGUUUUUCUUCUCUUUUCUUUCACUGGUCCUCUUUUCUUUUUUUUUUUGUAGGAUAGUACCGACGGAUUGUAGACUACUAGGCUACUCGCCUUCCUUCUGCCUUAUGAUAUUCAGGCGAACCACCGAACACGUACGUCCUAAAGAGCACCGUGAAGAGAAAUCGAUUGUACAUUGCCUUACGCGACAUCAUACACACACACACACACACACACACACACACACACACACACACACACACACACACACACACACACACACACACACACACACACACACACACACACACACACAUACACACACACUCUCUCUCUCUCUCGAGGGCUGUAUCACCUACUUAGUCACAGAGCUCGAGAUUUUGCCAUACAGUUGUCACGAUUUGAGCUUAGCAGUUUAACUAGUAGUACAACGCGCUACCAUUCGCGCCAGAUCGCGCGCGCGCGCGCGCAAGGCGCGAUAAUCGUCGUCGUGAAUUUAUCAUGUACAUGCACGAAUACAAUCGGGUCGCAUUAAAAGCGUCCGUUCCUUCCUUCUCGCGGAGCGGAGGAUUUAUCCCAAUUAGCCGCUAUUGACGCGACAUUAUCGACAUGUACGUUUCGCCUCGACCCAACGAAAUGGAGAUCUCGCGGAGAGAUGAGUGCCCUUCUCCAAAAACGUUAUUUCCGGAUCCCCCCGCGUUGAACGGGCCGGACGUUCGAUAAUGUCCCCCUCUCGCUCCCCGUGCUGGAGCUACUCGAUCUUUCUCGAAGAGAAGAGCUGUAUUUAAUUUUCCCCGCGUUGACGUCAUCGUCGCGCGAGCGAAGACGCGCAGCGGAGCCCGAGAUUCGUGUUCACAUCCUUAUUAAAAAAAACAAAAAACAAAAAAAAAUGACCGGGUGAAAGCCUUGAAUUCCACGUCGCGGAUUGGGGGAUGUGACCGAUGAGGGUUCUUUCGUUUUCGACCUCUUUCCAUUGAAUAAAGAAAAGGAUCUCUUCGUUAGACGUGAAUGCAGGCCUGACGCAGAACAGAGAGUCAACGUGACAUAUCCGUGUACAUACUAGACGCCAUAGAUUGUAAUUAGACAUUAUAAUACUUGUACGAUAUAUGAAAUACUUGUAUACGCAGAAAAAGCGCUGUCGUGCCAACGUACACACCGACGGCGUAUGUUCUCUUUGAUUGUUAGAUACGUCCUGUACAUAUAUUAUUUCAUGCGCCCCCCUCCCGCCCCCUCUUCCCGCAACGCGGCAGGAUGCAAUCAAGAUUAUAUUAUAUAUCCCGGAAUACAUUAUUAUUAUUAUAGAUAUAUAAUGCUAAAAAAAAAAGAAUUAAAUAAACCGUACAUACCACACACCACGAUCGUCGUCAUCGUUGUCAUCGUAUGAUUAGGUAUGUUUUAAGUUAAGUCCGGUAAUUAUUAUUAUUAUAGCGAACGAUGUGAUGUUAUGUAAGUACGUGUAACGUUGUAUAUACGAGAAAACAAUUGAAAUGCAUAUAUAAAAUGAUUUAAUUGCUCUCUA